AUGGACGAAAUGCCAAAGUGUCUUUUUGUUGUUGACUCGAGGUCAAGUCGAGUCAACGAUCCCCACAAUUUGGGCCGCUCCUAUGACAACAUUCGUGCGCCGCGUGGGAGUCAUGUUGCUCGUGUCAACCACCCUUCCACCUAUGCCAUCGUGAGAUCCGUCUCAGGUACUUUAUCCGUUACUGAUUUAGUCGGAUCAGUUCAUGUCGCCAUUGUCCCACGCAAUCCAUCGGUGCUCAAGAAGCUUCAGAUGGGCGCAGAACCAUACAAAGCUGCCUUCUUCUUCUUCUCUCCCUCGGCGCAUCUCCUGCGCAGCUCGAUUCUUCUAUGGCUUCCCCUCCUCUUCAUCUCCGAAGCCGCCGUAGCCCACGGCGAUGACCAGGAGAGGCUCGUCCUCUUCGACAUAAGAAGUCAUUGGAGCAACGCUCCUGCGCUGAGCUCGUGGGACGUCUCCUCCCCCUACUGCAACUGGCCAGGAAUCCGCUGCAGCAAUGGCUCGGUCACUUCCAUGUCUCUCCCCAAUAUAAACAUCACUGAACCCAUCCCACCCUUCUUCUGCAACCUCACCAGCCUCGCUCACCUCGACCUCUCUUACAAUGAAAUCCCUGGCGGCUUCCCGACUUGUCUCUACAGCUGCUCCAACCUCCAGUACCUCGACCUCUCUCAGAACUUUCUCGUUGGGGAGCUGCCUUCUGAUAUCCAUAAGCUGUCGUCGCAGCUCCUUCACCUUGAUCUCUCUUAUAACAACUUCACCGGCGACAUCCCUCCUUCCAUCGGCCGGCUCCUCUCACUCCACACCCUCAAUCUUCACUGCAAUUUCUUCGAUGGCUCUCCGCGCAUCCCGGUCGAGUUCGGGAACAUGACGAGACUAAAGUACCUGUGGAUGACCUAUGCCAACCUGGUCGGCGAGAUCCCGGAGUAUCUCGGGCGGCUGGCAGAGCUUGACCACCUCGACCUCGCGCGGAACGGUUUAAGUGGCUCGAUUCCUGCAGCCAUAUGGUCGCUGGAGAAGCUGACGACGCUCUACUUGUACGAUAACAAGCUGACGGGAGAGAUUUCCAGCGAGAUCGCGGCUUUGAACUUGGAGGAGAUCGAUGUCUCGAUGAACCGGCUGACGGGAUCGAUACCGGAGGAAUUCGUAAAUCUCCGCAAUCUCCGCAUUCUGUUCAUGUAUAACAAUAGCCUGUCCGGUGAGAUCCCCAGAGGCAUCGGCCUCCUUCGCGAUCUCCGGGACAUCAGGCUCUUCGACAACCACCUAGUCGGUGUCUUGCCGCCGGAGCUCGGGCAGCAGUCCCAUCUGACCAAUCUUGAGGUGUCCAACAACAGAAUCUCCGGCAGCUUGCCCGAAGGCCUCUGUGCAAACAGAGCACUUAAGUCGGUGGUGGUCUUCAACAACAACCUCACCGGGGAGCUGCCGGCUUCUCUCGCCGACUGCUACGGGUUGAACGACAUUCAGCUCUACAACAACAACUUCUCCGGCGAGUUCCCCCGACGAAUUUGGUCGGCAUCAGUGAACUUGACCACCGUGCUGAUCGACCGCAACCACUUCACCGGCGUUCUGCCGGACAAGUUGCAGCCGAACCUGACUCGGCUGGUGAUGAACGACAAUAGGUUUUCCGGAAGGAUCCCCACACGGGCGCCGAGACUAUUGGUGUUUCGGGGAAGCAACAACAUGUUCUCCGGCGAAAUUCCAGCGGAACUCACCGGAAUGUCGAGGCUCCAGGUUCUUUUGCUCCACGGAAAUCGGAUCUCUGGUUCGAUACCGACAAGCAUUUCCAAAUUGAAGUUCCUCACCCAGCUUGAUCUCAGCGACAACCACCUCUCAGGAGGUAUCCCGGCCAAGCUGGGGUUGCUCGAGGUGCUCACCAACCUCGACCUCUCGAACAACCGGCUGUCGGGAUCGAUACCGCCUGAAAUCGGCAACCUUAAGCUCAACCUCCUUAACCUGACCUACAACAAGCUCACCGGCGAGAAAAUCUCAAUAUCUGUGCACAUGCCGGCCCAAACAAGCUAUCAGAGAGACUGA